GCUGACAUCAGUACUGGGCAGGGAGGAAUGGGCUGGCUGCUGCUGCCGCUGGGAGAGUGGAGAGAGAGAGAGCAGAGCGCACAAAGGGCUCAUCCUGAGCGGACGUGUCAGCGCUGCAUCCCGCCCCAGAUUUGGCAGGCACUUGCGUUAGCCACCGAGGGGUUAAGGAAUCUAUUUCAGGAUGCCACUGGAAGAGGACGGGCCGAGCUGGAAGAAAAGGACUGAAGACAUUAGGGAUAUCUAUGAAUUCCGGGAUGUGCUGGGAACAGGGGCUUUUUCGGAAGUGGUCCUUGCGGAGGAGAAGAAAACACAGAAGCUGGUAGCAAUAAAAUGCAUCCCCAAAAAAGCUCUAGAAGGGAAAGAGACCAGCAUUGAAAACGAGAUUGAGGUGUUGAGGAAGGUCAAACAUGCAAAUAUUGUGUCACUGGAGGACAUCUAUGAGAGCCGCAGUCACCUCUACCUCAUAAUGCAACUGGUGUCUGGUGGGGAAUUGUUUGACAGGAUUGUAGAGAAAGGCUUCUACACGGAAAAAGACGCCAGUCAGCUUAUCAAACAGAUUCUGGAUGCUGUGAAGUAUCUGCAUGACAUGGGGAUUGUACACCGAGAUCUGAAGCCGGAGAAUUUGUUAUACUACAGUCUGGAUGAAGAUUCCAAAAUCAUGAUCAGCGAUUUUGGGCUGUCCAAGAUCGAGGGAUCCGGAAGUGUCAUGUCCACGGCCUGUGGGACACCUGGAUAUGUAGCUCCCGAGGUUUUAGCUCAGAAGCCGUACAGUAAAGCGGUGGAUUGCUGGUCGAUUGGCGUCAUAGCAUACAUCCUACUGUGUGGUUAUCCCCCGUUCUAUGAUGAAAAUGAUGCCAAACUUUUUGAGCAGAUUUUGAAAGCGGAAUACGAGUUUGAUUCUCCAUACUGGGAUGAUAUUUCUGACUCGGCGAAAGACUUUAUUCUGCAUUUAAUGGAGAAGGAUCCAAACAAGCGCAUCACAUGUGACCAAGCCCUACAACAUCCAUGGAUUGCUGGGGAUACGGCUCUGGAUAAGAAUAUUCACGAAUCAGUCAGUGAACAGAUCAGAAAGAAUUUUGCCAAAAGUCGGUGGAAGCAAGCAUUUAAUGCCACCGCUGUAGUUCGUCACAUGCGUAAACUGCAACUGGGGACCAGCCAGGAGGGGCCGGGGCAAACCACACCCACCAGCCCAUGUCAUGGUAACCUACUGGUGCCUGGAGACAACCAUGGGUCCCUUUCAGACAACUGUCAAGACUGCUGUUCCCAAAAAUCUCCUGAAAACAACUCCCUAACAUACACCACUCAUCACUGCCCCCAAUCCAACCGGGUCUAGGAGUGAUCGAGGUGCAUCUGGGAUACAGUGCCACAAGAAGUAAAGGAAGGCGGCCUAGUUGAGUGUUGACCAGGGCUCGCCAACUACCAAGGGCAGACCUUCAAGCAAGGACAGGCCUUACUUGUCAAACCACGGGGGGUGGGAGUGGGCAGAGUGGGCACUGGAAAGAGGCAGAAUCAGGCCCAUCUGUGUGUGUGUGUGUGCGUGAUCGUUCGUGAGCGUGUGUGUUUGAUGACGAGCAAUUGCGGGCCUGAUGGGAAGAUGGAAAUGUUUACAGAUAAUCAAAGGGCGUCCUUGUUUUUGUAAAAUGUUGCCUGCACAUGUACGUGGGUGUGGGAGUGUUUAAUUUUUUUUCUGUAUCAAGGUAUAGACUCUCGCUGCUGUAUAAUUUGGCUUCCAGUGAAGACAAUUUUUGAUUAUGCUAGGAAGAGAACGAAGUCUGGAAGGUCCAAAAUGGCUCCUAGCUGGUUCAAGGACACCACAAAGUUUUUGUAGCGGUGAAACACUAGGUGGGGUAUCAUCCAUUUUUCUACGUGGUGGACUAUGAAAGUGGUCUAAGAACAAGGGGCUUCUGCUUAAUCUAUCUUUUGGAGGCUUUUACAUCGGUGAAGGUUUUACCUGUUCUUCCAGGUCUUGGGCGUGUUUUCAGGCUUUAUUUUUUGUUUUCUAAUUUGGUGCAGGUGUCCAUGUGCAUUCUCUGCACCUCAAAGUGAAGUUAUGACAAUGACCAACGUUUCAAAAGGAAAUGCGCUCUUGUACUUAUUGCAAGGCCUUCUGGGUAUUUCUACCAUUUUGAUGACUUUUUGUUUUGUGUCUAGUGAUGAUAAAAUGCAAAAAAUGUUCUAUGUAUCUCUUGAAAUUUUAACACGUUUUAUAGCGACAAAUCUGCUGGGCCAACCAGUAUUACCAAGUCAACCUUGUACGGGUCGAUGUGAUGGAUGAGGGUUGAAAUCUCUUACUAGGUUUCUUCUGUUGAUCUGUAGCCAAAUAUAGAGUAUCCAAAGGGACAUCUUAAAGCAUACCAAUUUGCAGGUCGUCUUUGUUUUUUUUCUCAAAACCGAUAAAUUCAUACUUUGACCAUCAACUU